AUGUCGGACCACCAGAACCCAGACCAGCCGCUCCAGGAGCUGGCGACGGCGGCGCAGCUCGACGAGGAACUUGAACAGCAGCAGCAAAAGGAGCUUGAACAGCAGCAGCAGCUGCUACUGCUACAGCAAGCCGAACUCGAAGCUCGUCGUCGAGUAGAGGCGCUCGUAUCCGACUCCUCCUCGGCUGCUCCUACCUCUGGCACCACCCAGUCCACACAGUCUCCACUUUUAGUCGCAUCCGAUGCCUCUACCUCCGCCGAGCAUCCUUCCGGCUCCCUCGGCGACGUGGAUGCUGUCAUUGCCGCUGCCGUAAACGCCUCCAAACAGCAUGCAGAACAGGAACGACUUCAAGAGGAGCAGCGCGCUGCUCAACAGCGUGACCAGCCAGCUUCCACCCCUCCAAUGGACAUGAAUCCUGCGCAGCAAUCCGACAUUGACCUUUCCACCGCUGUCGCAGAUGCAGCGAAAAGCAGCAACCAGGCCCAAUCCAUCCAAGCUGCUGACGAGUCAAUGAAACAACCGGACGAUCCAGACGCUUCGAUGGUCUCCGACUCUGGCUCCCCUAUCAAGCGUGAGUCGGUCAACACCUCGGCCGAUCUCACAUCAACACCCAAACCCAAAAAGGAACGCGCCAAACCCAAACCACGUUCCAAAUCUGCUACCAAAAUCACGCGUUUCCGAAAGAUCACCAGCUGCCUCCAAUGUCGAGAAAAGAAGCAAAAGUGCGAUCGUGUCAAGCCCGUUUGCGGCAACUGUCGCGAGAACCCCUCCGACGACCCCUGCCACUAUGUCGAUGACCGUAAACGCCCUAACUCGGAUGACGAGGAUGGCGCCGCUGACACCUCAAUAGGCUCGCCCUUGGUGCGCAAGCGUAAGGAGCCCGACGACGCUACGCUCGACACUGGCAACAGCCGCGUCUUUAAGCGCGCCGAUUUCCCACGCGUCAACGAUCGUCGCCAUGCAGUCAUGCUUCGAACACGCCGCGAGAUGGUCGAGAAGCUCGAACAAGUCGGUCGCGACCGUUCGCGCGAUUUCAACACCCGCGUCAAUGCCGCCCGCGCCGCUGCCAUCGCAGAUGUGCUCUUCGAAAGCGCCAUCACCCUGCCCACAGCCGAUGAGAUCUCGGCGUUGCUCUACACCUACAAGACCCAAGUGGAGCCCUUCGUCAACGUAGUUGUGAUCGACAUCAACAUUGCACGCAUUCAGAGCUUCCUAAGAUGGUGGCACUCCAAGCCCACCACCAUGCCUGCCGAUCCUCCGCUCGUUCCGCUGCUGCUCGUCAUCCUCGCUCUUACCCUACAAGUGAAGCGCAACUCGCCCGAGUUUGAACGACAUAACCUCAAGAACUUUGCGCCUAUCCCGGGCAUCGAGUGCUCUGACGAGCGCACGCUACUCAGCGUCGCGGGUCACUGCAUCGAUGCCCUUCAGAUCGCCUGCCCAUCUGCUUGGUCGAGCGCAUUCCAGGCCCCCAUCGAUCUCACCAAGGCUUCGUUGCUACGGGGCAUUUGGCAUCUCAACGAGCUUAACCUUCAGUUUGCAGGCACGUGCUUUGCGCUUACCACGCGUCUGGCGCAUGCCGCCGGUCUCCAUCGUGACCCCGAGCACUGGUCUGGUAUGCGCAUCGAAGAGGCGCAGGCUCGCAGGAACUUGUGGUGGAACAUUGUCUUUUUUGAAGUCGCCCACGCCCAUCGCAUCGGCCAACCACCGUGCCUUACGCAUGAAGGCUUUGAUACCCAAUACCCCGAUGACUAUGGUGCCCUGUACGCCAUGUACGAACGUGCCGGCCUCGCCGAUCCGGAUCCCAGUCGCAUCAUCCUUCCGCCCGGUGCCACUGCUCUGGUACCCCGCACGCCAAGCCAAAACAACUUUGACUACCACUGGGCUCGAUUCCGAAUCUACCACAUCUUUUUGCGUCAGAGCCAACAACUCUUCCGCUUUGGCAUCUCGUCGCCUCCUGACCCCAACCUCAACGACGAGUACGCCAAGUGGCGCGAAAACCUGCCUGAAAAGCUCAAGCGCCACUUUGAGCGACGUUCCACUGGUUCCGUGCGACCGGAUCCCGAGCUGGUGACCGAAGUAGUCUCUCAGACGUUUGCGAACCGUGUCUACGAUCCAAAGAUCACUGAGGAGCUCCAAGAAUACCAGCAAGGCUACAGCCUCGAGUUCAUGUACCACCAGUGCAUGAUCACGCUACACAGGCCCUACAUUGACGAGCAAGGCGCCUGGAAACCGCCCGAGUCGGUGCAAAAGUCGCUUGAGGUGUGUCUGCGCUCAGCCGAAGCACUCAUCAAUACAGUCGAGGACGUGCUCUCCGUGCUCCCCGCCAACAGCAUGUAUAACCAGUGCGCCUACUUUGCCUUCAAUGCUGGUCUCAUCUUAGCCAUCCAUUGCAAGCUCGACCCCACCUCGCAAGUGCACCGACCUCACAUACAGAAGUCACUCGACUUGUUGGACACGCUCUCUGGCAUGGCGAGACUCACCAAUGUGGCCGAACAGGCGGGUCGCUACGGCUCGACGCUAAAGCAGAUGCUGCACGGUAUUGGCGGCGAUUUUGCCAACCUAGCUGCGAGCAAGUCGCGUGCCUCUUCGUUUUCCACAGCUGCGGCCGCCUCAGGUACGACGGCUGCUGAGCACUCGAACCUAGAAAGCAAUGGCGCAAGCGAUAACGCUGGCGCUGACCAACACCAGAGUGAGGCAGCGGACGCGAGCCAAAGCGGGAUUCUUGGCGCUCUCGUACCCUCACAGGAUAGCGGACAAGUGGCGAGCAAGGCUGGCAACGACGCCAACGAGCGUACCGACGUCGAUGGAGGACCAGACCGCAUCCCUGCCUUUUUGCUUCCGUUCGUUGGACUGCCUACAGACCCCACUCAACUUGGCCCUCAGACGGGCAGUUCGUUCUGGAGCGAAUCGCUGCUCGACCGUCCGCUGGUUGGCGUGCCCGUCGCUUACCCUGUGGGCUUUGGCCAGGGCUUGCUGUCGAGCACCGAGCAGCAGAACGGCAGCGGUUGGUCGUCUGCACACCAUCAAGGCGAAACAGACACUACUGCCAACAGUGACGCACAAAGACAGUCGCACGAGGCCGUUGUCGCAUCCGAAGCUGCAGCUGCGACGGACGGGGGCGAAUCUGUUUCAGGAGAAGCUUCGGCCGAUGCUUACAACCUGUAUGAGCUAUUGGGAGGCCGCGAGCUGGGAUCCGAUAUGCCAGAUCGACCCAUGUCGUUCUCGCAGCACUAUAACCACCAGAACCCACGAGAUCAGGCUUCGUCUGCAUCCUACCGCACCUACGUGCAGAACUCGUUGGCACGUACGUACGAACAGCAACAGCAGCAGCAGCAGAACGCUCAGAGCAGAGUGGAUGGCGAGGGUACUGAUAAGGCCGGUGCGGGAACUGGCUUGGGUGCCGACCAGAUGCCUAGCGAGAGCGCGCUCAACGCGGUUGCUGCAGCAGCGGCUGCUGCGGCCGAGGCCGAGGCCGAGGGCAAGGGCGGCCUCGACCCGACUGUCCAGGGUAACAAUUUGGCUGGUAUGUGGUUCGCCUGGGAAAACCUAUCUCAGAUGCUCAACAAUCGGCAGUAA